AUGAACGUAGCAGUGGAGGCCGAGAUAGAACAAGCGGCAGUGCCAAGAGCACAUGAAGAUGUUGAAGGGGAGAAUCACCCAAAUGAAGAGGAGCUGCCACAAGACGAGGAUGAUGCUGCUCCAGAAGAAGAAGAAGAUGGGAAUGAAGAGGUGAGGCCCCAAAACGAGGAUGCCCCCGCGGCAGAAGAAGAUGAUGGGAACGAGGAAAACCAGCUGCAACGCCCAGUGCCUCCUGCGAUGGAUGCAUCCAUGGUCCUGACAAAUCAAGAACGCCAAUGGGCUCGGACCAUCAAAGCAGCCAUUGAGAGCUGCCCUGAUCUGGACAAACUCUCCGAUUUUGAGUACUGCCAGAUAGCAAUUAUUGAUCGAGAUGAUGUGGGGGCUGCUGUUGACAGAGCCAUAGCCUUGCAGGGAUUUCGGCAGGAAUAUGAUAUUCAAAACACUCUGGAAGAUGCACUAGUGGCUUUGCGGAACCAUGUAUUAUUGAUGCCCCAAUUCAUUCUCGAUUUUCCCUACAACCGAUCCACUGGUGGAUAUGCCCUUAUUGCAGAUAUGAGACGCUGUGAUCUGCAGACACUGGGAACAGAGAAAGGUUGGAAAAUGCAUGCUGCAGGCCUCUACUAUAUGUUGCAUGCCAUGGGCCCAGAGUUUCACAGUAUUCGAACUGGGAUCACAUAUGUAUUUGAGUGUGAUAGAUUCAGUUUGGCCUCCAACAUGGACUUUAUGAUUGCAAAGAAGGCUUGCUCCGAAGUGUACAGUGUGUACCCUUUUACUGCUGACAAAAUGAACUUCUUCCAUACUGGCCUCUUCUCCAACAUGCUGAUCUCCUCAUGUCGCUCUGUGUUGCCCAAGUCAAUGGCUUCCAAAUUCCAUGUUGGUUGCAUUUUUCCUGCUGGGCGCUUGGACUGCUUUUACAAUAUGCCUGAUCCACAAACUGCAAUGGAACGAACAAUUCUACAAAUGCAAGAGAGUGUUCGACGGCGCUAUGCAAUGCAUGAUUCGUUUAAAUUGGAUUCCAACAACCAUGUCUAA